UAGAUGAGGGAGCUGAGAUUCAAAGAAGUAUCAUUCCUCCCUUAUACUUACAUAGCUAGUAUUGAAGAUACUAGAGUCUUUUUUUCCACCAGUGCACAAAAGUGACUCCCAAACUCUUCCUUAUCUCCCUGUAUUUUUUACAAGUGAAUGUUGGGAAAUUCACUUUAAAUUUUAUUUUAUUUCUCUAAGAGAAACAGAAUGGAAACACCAGGAAAAAAAAAUAAAUAGAACUCUGACUCUGUACCAUGGUGUGUUGGUAGUGUCAACACUCUUUCAGGGGAAAAAUGUAAAUCCAUUUCGGGACAAAAGUGAAAGUAGGGAACUAAAAGUUAAUAUUAAAACUGAAACAAAGCCACGUUUUGUGAAACGACCAUUAAUAGCAGUACAUUGGAUCAAAGGAUGUGAUCUCACUUCAUAGUAAAACAGGUCCUGCAAGCCCAGGUAACUCAGGAAGCAGAAUGGUAAUUAUUCACAGAAGAAAGCAGGUAGUAUUCUGUUACAAUACUACAGUAGAAAGUCAGAAGGUCAUAACUCUAGCUGGGUAACUGAAACAACUUGAAACUGUUUGGCGCCCUUUAAAAAGAAAUAAUAAGAUGGGAGAGAAUGAAGCAAGUUUACCUAACACAUCCUUGCAAGGUAAAAAGAUGGCCUAUCAAAAGGUCAAUGCAGAUCAAAGAGCUCCAGGACAUUCACAGUACUUAGACAAUGAUGACCUUCAAGCUACUGCCCUUGACUUAGAGUGGGACAUGGAAAAAGAACUGGAGGAGCCCGGUUUUGACCAGUUCCAACUAGAUAGUGCUGAGAAUCAGAACCUGGAGAAUUCAGAGACUGCGGACCUCAAUCUUGAUUCCAUUCAACCAGCAACUUCACCCAAAGGCAGGUUCCAGCGACUUCAAGAAGAGACUGACUAUGCUACCCGUUACACAAGAUCUGCACCAAAGAGCAACCACUGCAACCUUUGCCGCCUUUUAAAAAUACUUUGCACAGCCAUCAUUUUAUUUAUUUUUGGCAUUUUGAUAGGCUAUUAUGCACAUAAAAAUUGCCCUUCAAAUGCCACUUCUUCAGGAACACUUGAUCACCAGUUAUACCAAGAGAUUCUCAAGACAAUCCAAGCAGAAGAUAUUAAGAAGACUUUCAGAAAUUUGGUACAACUGUACAGAAGUGAAGAUGACACAGACAUUUCAAAGACAAUUAAGACUCAGUGGACUUCUCUGGGCCUUGAAGAUGUGCAGUUAGUAAAUUACUCCGUGCUGCUUAAUCUGCCAGGCCCGUCUCCCAGCUCUGUGACUCUGAGCAGCAGUGGCCAAUGCUUUCAUCCUAAUGGCCAGCCUUGCAGUGAAGACGCCAGAACACAGAGCAGCCAAGAUCUGCUCUACUCAUACGCAGCCUAUUCUGCCAAAGGAACUCUCGAGGCUAAAGUCAUUGAUGUGAGUUAUGGAAAUACAGAUGAUUUAAAAAGGAUUAAAAAGAUGAGAAAUGUAACAAACCAGAUUGCACUCCUGAAAUUAGGAAAAUUGCCACUACUUUAUAAGCUUUCCUUAUUGGAAAAGGCUGGAUUUGGAGGUGUGCUUCUAUAUAUUGAUCCUUGUGACUUACCAAAGACUGCAAAUCUUAGCUAUGAGACAUUCAUGGUGUCAUUGAAUCCAGGAGGAGACCCUUCUACCCCUGGUUACCCAAGUGUCGUUGGAAGCUUUAGACAAGACCGAACAAACCUCACCUCUCUACUAGUGCAGCCCAUCUCAGCGGCCCUCGUUGCAAAACUGAUCUCUUCAUCUAAAGAUAGAACCAAAAACGGUGCCUGUACCCCCCUGGAACUUCCACAUAAUGAGAGAAUUGUCAACAUGCACAUUCAGACAGUCACAGAAUUCAAAACAGUUACUAAUGUUGUUGGGUAUUUAAAAGGCUUGACUUCUCCAGACCGCUAUGUCAUAGUUGGCAGCCACCACCACACAGCACCCAGUUACAGUGGACAAGAAUGGGCCAGUAGCACUGCUGUAAUCACAGCUUUUAUCCAGGCCUUGAUGUUCAGAGUUAAGAGAGGGUGGAGACCAGACCGCAGUAUUGUUUUCUGUUCCUGGGGAGGAACAGUUUUGGGCAAUAUUGGCUCAUAUGAAUGGGGAGAGGAUUUCAGGAAGGUUCUGCAGAGAAAUCUUGUUGCUUAUGUCAGCCUCCAUAGCCCCAUGAAGGGCAACUCAAGUCUGCGCUCUGUGGCUUCACCAUCUCUUCAGCAGCUGGUAGCAGAGAAAAAUAAAGUCAACUGUUCCAGAAGAGCUCAAUGCCCGGAAACCAAUGUCAGUUCUGUACAGAUACAAGGUGAUGCGGAUUAUUUCAUCAACCAUCUUGGAGUUCCCACUGUGCAGUUUGCGUAUGAGGACACCAAGGCAAUACAGGAUCCAGGUUUUCUCUCCGAGGCCCUUUUUCCUAAAAGUGCAAAGAAAAUUGAAGAAAUGGAUCCUUUUUUCAAACUUCAUGAAACCAUUACCAAGCUCUCAGGAGAAGUGAUUUUACAAAUUGCCAGUGAACCAGUUCUGCCCUUUAAUGCUCUCGAUAUAGCUUUAGAAGUUCAAAACAGCCUUAAAGGUGAUCAACCCAACACUCAUCAACUACUAGCCCUGGCUUCACACCUGCGGGAAAGCGCUGAACUCUUCCAGUCAGAUGAGAUGCGUCCUGCUAAUGAUCCAAAGGAGAGAGUUCCUCUGCGUGUCCGAAUGCUGAAUGACAUUCUCCAGGACAUGGAGAAGAACUUCCUGGUUCAGCAAGUGCCGCCAGGCUUUUAUAGGAACAUCCUGUAUCACCUUGAUGACAAGACAAGUCAGUUUUCAAUACUCCUGGAAGCUUGGGAGCACCGCAAGUCACUUGCAUCGAAUGAGACCUUUCAAGAAGCCCUGUCAAAGGUGUUGCACAGCAUUAAUUCAGCUCAGGUUCACUUCAAAGCAGGACUUAAUGUGUUUGACAGUGUCUUGGAUGGAAAUAACUGAGAAAAAUCUCAGCAUUUUUAAAAGGUUGCUUACAACUUUUCAAACAAAAGCUCUAAUUUAAUCAGAUUUUCUGGUAUUGAAGUUCUUUACCCCCAAUGACUUUUUAUACAAAUCUGAAGAUAUUAUUACAUUGUAUUUUAAUGGACAUACAAAAAGAGCAUUUUGCACAUUUAAUAUUUUUCUUAUAUCUGCAUUUCUGAAUAUGUAAAAGCAGUUAUUGAAAUAAUACUAUGAUUUAUGUAUUAAAAAGAAAUCUACUGUAUUUUUAUAUAUAUAAACUGUUUGGGGGAAACAUUCUAAGAAGUUUUGGACAAUCUUCACUCCUAUGGAUAAAACCCAUAGGAACAGAAGUUGUUUCUUAUGUUAGAGCUUUUAAUGACCCACUUUCUGUAAUAGAAAAGAAGAGUUGAUACGGUUUCAGAUUAACUUCACUAUUAAGUAUUCAAUAUGAAGAACUCAAGUAUUUUGACUGAGUGAUUGGUUGACCAAAACCACUUUGAAUGUUUUUAUUUUAUGAAACGAAGUGCCUGUUCAUAACACAACUAGAUGUAGUAAUACACUGGUUAUGAAAUUGUAUUUUUUAAAGUAUUAAUGAAAAAAAGAAGAGCCAUAAACAUUCCAGGGAAAGAUCUUCAGGUAGCUGCACAGAGCAAUUUAAAUGCAAAUUUUUCCCUAACAACUUAAAAGGUGACAAGCUUUGAAAUCUCUAAUUUGCCUCAGUUGAUUUUGUAAAAAAUUCAGAAGUGAUAUAUGCCUUAUGAGGGAUAAAAUUUUUCUUAUUUCUUUGUGUGUUGUUUCUGUUGGAAGCACUAAAACAGACUACUCUAAAAUGAAAUCAUCUCACAUUCUUUGAAAACCCCCAAAUAUCUUAAAAAGCAUUAAAUUGCUAUUUUGCCACUGAAAAAGGACUUACUAUGAAAGAAAAAGUUGUUCUGAUCAAUGAAAAAAGUUCCUUAAUUCUAUGAGGAAACUUUUGAUAUGUUUUCCUUCUUUACCUGUAGCUCUGAUGAAGGUGAAAAUAAAGAUUAUAUUCAUGAUCCUAAUUUUAUGCAGAAAAAAGAAAACAGUGUUACUGUAUGAAUCAGUCCUUCCUACACUCCAAUUCUUUCCUCAUGUGAAAAAGGAAACUUUUCAUACUGACAUUGUCAUUGACUGGCCCUGACAUCAAUUAUUCCCCGAAACCCUAGACUUCUGUCAGGUGACAGUUUAAACUUUUAACUUGCCCUUAGAAAAUGAUUUGAAUUUUUUUCUUCUGAUAUUGGAUAAAGCAAAUCCCCUGAAGAAACAUAUCUUCAGAAUAGUUCAUGUGAUUUUUUUUCUCUACUCAACAAACACACUUCCCCAUUACACAUGGCUGAGCUACAUUGCAGACAGCGCCUGUGUGUCUAAGUCUUUGCUUUUUAUGGAUGAGCAUAAACCUAAUCUUAGUUUAAAGGAAACCUAAGUUGAGGGGAAAGAAUUAAUCAGUAUUGAUUAAUUGAUUUAUAAAGCUGAGUUGUUCCUACCCGAAGUAAUGUUUUUACGCUCAAGGCAAAGAAGAGAAUGGAGGCAAUUAGCUAGAUAAUUCAAGCAGAAAUCCAUUCAUUUGAUUGCCUGUGUGCAUAUAUUUUUACAUGAGAAAUGAAACUACCUUUUUUUUAAAAACAAUAUACUUGUUUGUUUGAAAAUAUUUGCUGUGUUGAGGAGUUCCUAUAGGAAAGGGCUAAAAGGGCAGGCAGCUGCAUACCUAGACACCCGCCCCCUCUGGUUCUACAGAAACCAGCAGCAGAAAAGAGGUGGAGGGAUGUGGGUGGGAUCAAGUAAAGGAAUGCCCUGUAUACCAAAGGAUCUUCAAUAUUCAGUCAAGCUUUAAUGUGUUGAAUUUAAAGCAAAGACAAAUAAUUAUCAGUUUGAUAGUUGAUCAUUCUAGAACAAAAUCCUAAGCAAAUUCACACCUUUAGGCUAUAAGAGCAUUAAAAGCACAAAAUAUUUUUGUUUGUGCAUUUUUGUUUCAUGAUUGUGUACAUAGGUAAACCACAUUGCACAGAUAAAAAUCCAAAUAUUAUGUAUUCUGCACUUCUAAAUUAUAUGCUAUUUGAUAUAUUAGAAUUGAAGUUCACUGUGGAAUAACAUGUUUUCCUCAGUCUAUUUAAGAGAUCAUGUGAAGAAACUAAAUUAUAAUUAAAACAGAUGUCCACCAGCUUUACAGAUGCUGCCCUGUAUGUUUUGACUGCAACAAAACUCUUUUAACUAGGAACAAUACUGCCACGGUCUGAUUACUUCAGGUUCCUCCAAAUUUUAUAAUUUUAUAAUUCUAUAAUUUUAAUUCUUUUCCCAUUGAUCCAGGUAUAUAAAAUCCUAUGCAAGUUAACAAGUGUUUUUGGUGAAUUGGUAGUAGGUUUUAAUUCUUGCUGAGAUAUCUGGGUGCCCGUUAAUUCUCACAAUCCUUCAUACAUAGAAUUGUGUCAAGAUAUAAUAAACCAUAAAUGCCAAGAGAAUGUGACAAGUGUGCACCACUUGAACUUGGGUUCAAGAAGGGUACAUUUGGGACACUGCCCUUUGUGGAAGAGCAUAUA